CCAAAACCCUUCAAUUUCCACCCAAAACCCGCCCCGCCCGCCGUGGUGACGUCACGCGCUCCGCCGUUCAGUGCGACGUGUCCCUCGGCCCGCGGCAAUCAUGGAUCAGGUAAUGCAAUUUGUGGAACCCAGCCGUCAGUUUGUGAAAGAUUCCAUACGACUUGUUAAGAGAUGCACCAAGCCUGACAGGAAAGAGUUCCAGAAGAUUGCCAUGGCAACAGCAAUUGGCUUUGCAAUAAUGGGAUUUAUUGGUUUCUUUGUCAAAUUGAUCCAUAUCCCCAUCAACAAUAUAAUUGUAGGUGGCUGAAUAUUCAUCAUGAAGAAGACAGUUGUGACACCUGCUGCAGUGAUUUCACAGCUUUAAUUUGUUUGAUAUUAAACAAGCUCAGUUUGCGUUUUCAAA